UCGGGGAAGAUGGCGGCGCUGACGGCGGAGAACUUUGCGGCCCUCCAGAGCCUGCUGAAGGCCUCCUCGAAAGAUGUUGUCAGACAGCUGUGCCAAGAGAGCUUUUCCAGUUCAGCCCUUGGCUCGAAAAAACUCUUGGAUAUGACGUGUUCCAGCCUGUCUGUGACCCAGGAGGAGGCAGAACAACUGCUCCAGGCUCUGCACCGCCUCACCAGGCUGGCAGUGUUCCGGGACCUGUCCUCCGCCGAAGCAAUGCUGACCCUCUUUCCUGAAAACUUCCACCAAAACCUCAAAAACCUGCUGACAAAAAUCAUCCUCGAACGCGUAUCUACUUGGAGAGCUGAAGCCCUCACAAAUCAGAUCUCUCUGCCGCGCCUGGUUGACCUGGACUGGAGGGUGGACAUCAGAACCUCCUCCGACAGCAUCAGCCGCGUGGCUGUCCCCACCUGCCUGCUGCAGAUGAAGAUCCAGGAAGAUCCCAGUCUGUGUGGGGACCAGCCCUCUGUGUCAGCUGUCACCAUGGAGCUGAGUAAGGAGACGCUGGACACGAUGUUAGACGGGCUGGGCCGCAUCCGGGACCAGCUUUCCGCCAUGGCCAGCAAGUGACUCGGCCAGCUGGCCCCGCCGCCCUGCCCGCCCGCCUCCCAGCACACGCUGCCCUCGCAGCCACCCACAGCGGGCGGUGGUGGGGACAGUGGGAGGCGGCCAUCCAGAAGGCGCAGCUGGACCGGGAGGAAGCAGCCAGGCCCCCACGCUGUUCUCCUCACUCACGUUCUUCUUCCUCUUUCCGAAGCUGGUGAGCAGAAGCCGCUGUCCUCGCAAGGCUCCUUUGUGGGACUUAAUGACCGCUGUGGUGGCGAGAGGGGCAUUUGCUUGGUCAGCUGCCUCUGCCUGAUUGAUUGGAAAAUUCAGGCCCAAAUUGUGGCGUUCGUCUUAAGAUGUUCCUUUCCAGCAUUUGGGCUGAUGAGCUCCUUUCCAGCUCUGGAGCCGUGCAGGGAGUCGGGUGGGUGGUGCCAGCAGUUCUGCUUCUCUGUCAGAGAAGCCAGGCGGAUCCCACAGGGCCAGGCCCCCGCAGCGUGCCCGCCUGCCCUGAGUCCAGAGCCCUCCUGAGCUCCCUCAGUCCUGCCGGACGACCUGAAGCAUAGGAAGUGGGAGCCCAUUCCCUUCUCCAGGGAGCCAGAGACCCCUGCCUUGAUGUAAUGUGGCCACUCAGGGUGAAGAAGUGGGAGUGAUUGGAAAUAAAUAAGUUCUAAAAACUUCAUGAUUCCAGCCACGCUUCCGUAGCUUCUGUCCUUAGCCUGAGUCCUUGUCUUCGGCCAGUGAUGCCUCUCGAUCCCCACAUCCUCAUUCCCGGCUGAGCCCGUGGUGUGACCUGAAAGCGGGCCUGUGAACUGCCCCACCUUCCGUGUAUCCCCCUGCAUGUAGAGCAGAAGACAGCGCGGUUGACAUCAGGAGGUGCUUGUCACGAGAGCUGUGAUGAAAGCGCUCCUCAAGGACUUUAACCAGACGGAAUCGUCUCUGACUCAUGCCUGACACGUCCCAGGGGCUCAGUAUAAGGUGUUCCCCUCCGUAUACAGAUCACCCAUUAGCACGAACCUGCAGCCUGCCCUGAGAGCUUUGCUUUGGCGGCUUCUGGGGUGGUUGUGUGCGGAUGGGGCGGGAGGGUGGAUAGAGGAGGCAGGGCCUCAGGAUAAGAGGAUGCGCUCAAGCUCAAUUCCUGCUCCCCCCGAGUUUUUACUUUUUUUAAUUAAAUGGCAAUAGUAAUUGUACCUACUCUAUAGAACUUUUGUGAAGAUUAAGUGAUAUAACAUACCUAAAAGCACUUAGCACUGUUAUGGCAAAUAGGAAGGGCUGGAUAACCUUAGCUUUGGUUAUUAAUGGGAAGGAAAGUAGAAAGCUCUCUGCAUUCACUGUUUCGUCCGCUGUAACGGGGUUGGUGUGACUGUGGACGUUUUUAUCCUCCCUUUAUCAACGAGGGUAUUCGCUCAUCGAGGCAAAGUCGCCCGCUAGUAAAUGGCCUCAUCAGGACUGGGGCCCAGAUUUCUCUAACACACAGGACUCUGCAGGGGACUUGGCGUUCUGUGAUUUUAGCUGCAUUUGGAAAAUACUGGAACUGAAGUAGAGAUGAGAAAUCUUUACUGCUUCUCCACCCCCAGUAAAACACCAGGGAAGUCAAGAAAGAAAAAAAAAACCCAAGCUCCUCUUUGCCAUCCUUUGGAGGCUGAGCUGCCUUCUGUUAAAAUGGCAGUUCUUUGCCCGUUCGGGGCCACACGCAUUGAGAAUCUGAUGGAAGAUGUGGAUCCCAUCUGUAGGAAAUAAACACUUGAGUUUUUAUUCAAGGACAAGCCUUCACGGACCCUGAAGGCCAGCCCAGUAUCUCCAGGUCGAGGGCCCCUGGUCUCACCCUCAGGUUGAGUUCAGCCUUGUCAUGAAUUCAUCCGCCUCUCUUUUCCUUCUACUUUCUGUGACCCUCAGAGAUCUCCAAAUGCCUGUCACCGGGCCUCCCAUGGAAUGCCGUAAGAAACAGACUGAAGCAGGAAGCCCGGCAUAGGUGUCUGGACUGGUGGACAUUCCUUUAGUCACAUCCACACCUACAGCACGUUCAAGAAAUAACAUCAAUAUAUGUUUGCUACCCUUCACCUCACAUGCUCGUUUAAGGGGGUGGUUUUCCCACUGUUGGCCAGGAUGGAUUGUUUGUAGAUACCACAUUCAUGACCCUGUCUCAGAAAAACCUCCUAGCUUCUACCUGUUGCUGUCAAAGGAAGUUCCUAUUCACAUCCCUAGAAACAGGAGGCAUGGGAUGUCUUGCAGGGCCACGUGGAGAAGGACCAGGGUUGGUCAGGAGGCAGAGGGCAAGGGAAUAGCAUGGCCCAGAGCCUUUCUUGGGAUUUUCGCAGAAGGAAUGGGCGAGGCGGAGUAGGCACGCUGUAUAAGCAGAGGGUUGGCUAGUUUGGAUAAUUUUGGCAGGUCUGGGCUACAGGUGUGGCUGCUAGCUGUCCGGAACCUGGUCCUGGGGUGAUUCAGGGCAGGGAGGAUACUGGCUGGGGUGCGAGAGAUUCACUAGCCCUAGGAGGUCAGUCUCUCCAGGGUCAAGGCCCCAAAUGCCGUAGUAUCAAGAAUACGGAAGAUAUAAGAUAGUGUAGUCAGUGCAAGGUUAUGCUAUGGUAACAGACAACCCCAAGGUUGCAGUGGCUUUUACAUGACAGAAGUUUAUUUUUGCUACACAGCCAGUGCAGGUUGGGGACAGAGGGACAAGUGCUCUGCUCCCUGUAGUCACUAAGGGGCCAAGGACGUGGAAACUUCACCUCAACACACGCCUGCCCAGCCACCGAGGCAGGAUGAAGGAAUGUGGUGGAUAUCAAGCUUGCACUUGAAGUUCUGCCCGGAAGGGAUGGGCCAGUCACGUGGUCACACCUGACUUUAAAGAGGGCAGAGAACAUCAGUCCUUCCAUGUACCAGGAAGGAAGAGAAAUAAGAUAUUUGCAAUCAGUUAUGAUAACUAUUGUUUCCCUGACACCUGAACCAAAGAUUCCUUUUUGCCUAAACUGGUUUGUAUCAGUACUUACAAACAAAAGAAUUGUAACAACACACCAUCUCAGCACCUUUUCUCAUGAUAAACUUCAUCCCCUGUGUGGCACGAGAAAGGUGUGAAACAUUUUCCGAAAUACCUUACCGCCUGUUCACCGUACCCUCCCAAAGUCCAUGGAGCAUCGGUCCCUGAGGAUCUGUGCAUUUUCCUGAGGAGGAGUCAGCUCGGAGACUCCCAGGGCGAACUCCAGUCUGGGUCUUUCAACACAAAGGCCUGUGCUCUCUCCAUUCCUGCCUCGAUCCUGGAAAAAGACAACUUGGGUUCUUCACAGAUGGCAGAACUUCCCGCUUAAUCUGGCAACAUUCAGCUUCCUUCCUACUUCCUGCUUCUGGUGGUUUUCAGGUCCAAAGACUGACCCAAGGGCCAGACAUUUGGGUCUGUCCCGCAAGCCGGUUCUCUAAACACACACGGUGGGUGCCGUGUCUAACAGUCAUUAGUCAAGCUCUGUGCUCUGGUAUUUCCAGGUUUCCAGGAAGUGAGUCCGGUGUGGUACAGAAGGUGCUUUGUUAUUUUGUUCAGUAAACUAAGAUGUUAUCAGAAAUGAGAGGGGUUUUUUUUUAUUACAUUUUUAAAAUAUUUUCAUCUAGAAACCACUGGCUACCUGGCAUUUUGAAAGCUUUCCAGUGGUUGGCCAUUUACAGGAACUAUUUUGAACCUGUAACCCCUGACUUCAAGUACUGAUCAUUCGUAAACAUUCUCUCACCUGUGUGAUGCUGACUUUUGUACAAUUUCCUUCUUCCUUUAGUGCUCACAUUUCUGUGGUUUAAUUGUCCUUUUUACAACUACUUUAAGAAAGAAAAAAAAAAGAUUUCUUGGUAGUAUUUUCUGGUUAGUACCAGGGAACCCUGAUUUCCAAGGAGAGAGAACCAUUCUUCAUUUGAGGAAAUGUAAAGAACUCUUAAAGGUAAGCCUGGGAAGCUGAGUUUCUACUAGCCCCGGGCUCUUGGGAAAGACUCUGAUGGGCUUUUCCACCUCAUCUGCAAGUGGAGAUAAGAUAACUGCUUAGAUAACGCAUCUCAUAGAUUUAUAGUAAACUACAAAGUAGAACCCUUGGCUGAAGAAUGGGACUCUCUUGGCUGUUGGUGUCAACCUUGCAUUAGCCAUGUGACCUUAGACACAUAGCACACGGUGAAACACAGUCCUGUCGCAACAGGUUAAAUCAUAAAUGAAUUGAUAGAGUCUGUCACACACAGUGAAGUGAGUCAGAAAGAGAAAAACAAAUACCAUAUAUUAACACAUAUAUGCGGAAUACAGAAAAAUGGUACAGAUCAGUCAGUUUGCAAGGCAGAAUUAGAGACACAGAUGUAGAGAACAAACAUACGGACACCAAGUGGGGAAA